AUGCCUGGGCUUCGAGCAGCAGUCAACAGCGAGGUGGAACCUCAAGAACGUCAGUACGCUGCUGAUGAGCGGACUCGUCUCAUCGGUGAUUCCUCAAGUCAAGAUGCCGCUGCCAUCAGUGAUCAGACAAGCCAAAAGGUGGCCUGGCUUCUGUGUCUCAGCAUCUUCUUAGGCGCCAGUGCUGGAGGCUUCUCCAUGAUGCCACUCACACAGCUCCUGGAGGACGCGGUCUGCCGCGACCGCGGGCAAGAUACCGAAUUGCUUCCCAGUCUGGACGACUGUAAGAGCAGCUGGGUGCAGUCCAGAGUUGCUUACCUUCUUGCCAUAUCUGGAACAUGUGAUGCUAUAUGCGGAUUUUCUGCUGCCCUCCCUUGGGGCAUUGUGGCAGAUCGAAUUGGCAGAAAGCCAGUCGUCGUUCUUGCAUUGACAGGCGGCUCGCUCGUACUGGUAUGGUGGAUGAUCGUCCUCGCUCUCCAUCCAGCACUACCACUCUGGGCAGGUUGGCUAGGUGCUAUGGGGCUCUUCAUUGGUGGAGGCACACCCAUCAUGAAUGCGGCAUUCUUUGGUAUCACCACUGAUACCACGACUGAAGACGAAAGGUCUCUCGCGUUCAUGCGUAUACAUGUUGUUGCCAUGCUGGGCAACCUCGCAUCUCCAGGUCUAGCAUCAAUUCUGAUGAACUUGGUUGGGCCGUGGCCACUGUUGUUCGUGGCAGUUGCUCUACUCCUCUCCGCCGGCAUCCCCUUCAUCUUUAUACCGGAGACACUACGUGCGGACAACCCAGACCAAACCAAGACUUUGUCCUUCUCAGGCACUUUGGCCAACGCCAGACGAAGUCUGUCACUUCUGAAAUCCCCAUGGCUGGCGCUGCUAUUCGUCACUUCUCUGCUCUCCCAACCAAUAGCGCCAGCGACAAGCGUCUUCCUUCCGCAAUUUGUAUCAAAGCGAUACGAUAUCCAAGUGAAGAACACUGGUUACGUGCAGACUGUAUCUGGUGCUGUCCAAAUCUUCAUGGUCUUGCUAGGCCUUCCAAUUUUAUCACGAUACAUUCUGGCAUCCCGAGAGAACGCCAAUCCCUGGAAGAUCAUGCACGCGGAGAACGAGCAAAAGCGAGACCUCGUUCUCGCUCGCUUCUCUUUCAUCCUCGUAAUCCUCGGGACACUAGGCCUCGCAUUUUCGCUCUCGCUUGGAGGCUUCAUCUCUGGUCUGGUGGUACUCAGUCUCGGAUCUGGUUAUAGCAGCUACACAAGGGGCCUCAUGAGCCUAUACGUCGACAAGGAGCAAACUUCGACCCUAUUCAGUCUUGUCGGCAUGAUUGAUGUCUUGGGAGCUAUGUACUCAGGCCUUACCUUCGCGAAGCUAUUCUCAGUGGGCAUGGAUAUUGGUGGAGUCUGGGUUGGCCUGCCGUUCUUCGUACUGGCACUCGUCACCAUUGUUGCCAUGGUUCCGCUAUUUCUGUUACGUUUGCCGGAGCCUAGGAAGGGAGCAAGCUCACAUAGUUCGACGGCACAGAACGAAGACUGA